AUGUCCCGUUCUUCUGUGACAAAUUCUUCACCUAUUUUGCUGGAUCCGGCAGUCGACACUCACUACAAUAGGUUGAGGCUAUGUUUGGCAUUGGUAAUCCUCCGAAACAAGCCAUCGCAAUUUACAAUAAAAGGUUUGGGUUUUCUUCCGGAUUGCUUUUUUACCAUUGCACAGAAUGAAAGCUUAUCACGUUUCUCUGUAGAGUACAUCGACUUUGUGAAAUGUUCAAUAAACUGUUCAACAACAACAACAACGGGAGUAGCAAAAUGUAAAAGGGACAUUGUGGAAGCCGUAAAACAGCAGCUAAAACGGAAAUGUACCUUCGAAGAAGACAAGCUUAUCACCAAUAAUAACCUUCCAAAUGACGAUGUCUUUUCCGUAAAAGAUUCUCGAGAAGUAGAAGAGCCGAAAAGAGUUUCUAAUCCUGAUAUUUUACAUAAUCCUUGGAAAAAACGUGCUUUCGAGUUGGAGCAUGAAGUAGAACGUCUGAAGCAACGAUUAUGCGUGUUUGAAAUCGAAUUGGAAAAUGCCAAACAAACUCCUCAGGUUGCAGCCACAACCACUGCAAGACGUAAAAAAACAAAACCACAACAAGAUCAUAACCGUGCAUCAUCAACAGUUUUAGCGACCACGACAACAACUACCAACAAAAAACAGAGCAAAAAGACUGCAAUAGACAACCAUAAAAUCACAUCAUUUUUCGAGUACAUCGAUCCAGACGCCCAAAUAAUAAACCAAAUUAAUGCCGGCGAUGAAGGUCCAUGGGAAUUGUUUGAUAUCAUGCAAGCAAUGUCCUUCAUACAGCAAAUGAAGAAUCUUCGUCAGGCGACUGUGAUGUCAGCACAGGACUCUGUCAUUCCACAAACAAUAAUAAAAAUUAUAAAUUAUAUAAAUUUUAAAUUGACCGCUUUAUUUUCUAUAAUAAAAACAAGUAACAAGACCUGCAACAAUUUAUGGCAGACAUAUUCCUCGUGUGUUCAAAGUUUUGGCAACAUCUCUAAAAAGUUGUUAGAAUUUCUUCGGUUGCCUACGUUACCUGCAUCACAAUACGAUGACAUUCUUAGCACCUUAGCAAACGCAUUAGCUACAUUAAUACGUGCUAUCUAUCCGCUAACAAAAAUAGUAUUUAACGAAGCGCUUCAAGAGCACAACCCCGAGACUUACGCGGGAAAUAACAAACUUCUUCCCAACAAGGAUCAAGAUCCAAGAGAGCUAAUAGCACAAAUACUGGUGAAUCUAUGCACAAAUGUAGAGCCACGACUUAAGGAACCUGUUGCCUUUGUUGCUGCAAAAGAGUGUAGCCGAUUAAUAAAGAAAGAUAUUGUACAUGAAUCUGCUUCUGAGCACACUUUUCAUCAUGAUUCGACUUUUUCUAAGGAAAAACAUAAACAGCAAUUCGAUGACGAUCAUAUAAGUAUUUGCGAAGAGAUGAUAUUAAAAGACACGGGAUAUUAUUUGUUAUGGAUGUUGGAUAAGAUUAUUACUUGUAGUGCUGAUAGUGAAGGAAAGUUAAGCACAGCUCUUACAGCCGAAACAAUUAAGAAUAUUGCAUCCCUACUGGAAUCAAAUAUAUUUAAAGAUUCAAAUCAAAUAACAAGCUUGCACGGUGAUUCGCUCUCUGUCUAUAUUUCGAAUAUCUUUGAGAAACUUUGGACUCAUAAAAAUACCAACAAUAACAACGAUUCAGAUUUUUCCUUGAUUGAGCGAAUGCUUAUUGAUUAA